AUGAAGUUCUGCCAGAAGGGGUCACUGUGUGAUUUGUUAGCUAAUGACUACAAAAUUCAAAAGCAGCUGUAUUACAAGUGGCUUGGAGAAAUCGCAGAAGGGAUGAAUUAUUUCCAUUUGGAGAAGAAUAUCAUUCAUCGCGAUUUGAAACCUGAACAUAUUCUUUUAAAUGAUAAAGAUGUCAUUAAACUAAGCGGUUUCUCGUUCUGUCGAGAAUUGAAAGAAGAGUACAGUGAAACUAUGACGACUUGUGGCACAUACGCUUACAUGGCACCAGAAGUGAUGCGCCGAGACAGAACUUCUAAAAAAGUCGAUGUUUUUAGCUAUGGAGUUGUAGCCUGGGAAAUGCUAACAACAGUAAGACCGUACGCAGGCCUGAAGCCUAACGACUUACUUCGUCGUAUUCCCAAUGGUGAGCUGAAACUUCCUAUUCCGGAUAAAGCACCAGAGACAGUAAAGAAGGUCCUUAAAAGGUGCAUGCAUUUGAAUCCUGACUGCAGACCUUCUUUCCAAAGAAUUUUGGAAAUUCUUGGCAAACAAGCAGUCGUAUGGUUUUUAUAUUUUAUUUCAACUUUUUUCUUCAAAACAUUUAAUCUAUUCAGAAAAAGUCAAAAAUCUCAUCGAGUGAGGAGGAGAAGUGGAGGGAUCAAGUACGCAAGUGGAAAGAAGAUACAAAAAAGCAGAUGGAAUCACUGA